AUCGGGAUUUUGUUUUGUCAACUCUUGUUUCUCUCUCAUCGUUGCUGUCAAAACUCAAAACUCCGUGCAACCGCGAGUGUUUUUUUCCACAGCGGAAAAGUAGCAAAGUUUUUCCCGUAAUUUUUUAUUGAAAUUGUCCUGCAAUUGUCUAGGAAUUAGUGCCAGAAGAACGCCGUCACCAUGGCCGAGGAUAAUUCAUGGAAAACGCCAAGUUUCCGGCAAAGUGUGGUCAACAAAAUUAACGAAGCGAUUCAGCAAUCGGGGAUGACAUCGAGUAAGAACGGGCUGGAAAUGGAAAACCAUGUCUUCCAGAAGGCCCGCAACAAGGACGAAUACUUGGGCUACGUGGCGCGGCUGAUACUGCACGUCCGGGAGAUGAAUACCAAGAACAAAAAUCAGCAAAAUCCCGCCGGGAGUGCCCAGGAUGGGGGAAAUCCCAACCAGCAAGGAGGUGGUAUGCCCGAUCCGAUCAAUGCUUUGCAAACACUGGCCACGCAAGGCACCCGUCCGCAGAUGAUGGGUGGACAGAUGGGCGGACCGGGACCGGGAGGUCCAAUGGGGAACCAGAUGGGUGGCGGCGGGAAUGCGUCCAAUUUGCUGAACACGCUGAAUCGUCCCCAGAUGCCGAUGACCGGCGGAAUGGCCAAUAUGCAGGGCCGCGUUGGAGCCAUGGGCGGACCGAACCAGAUGGGUGGUAUGAUGCCCGGACAAAUGCCAGGGGGAAUGCCCGGAAUGCCGAAUCAGAUGGGUGGAGCGAUGGGACCGGGUGGAAUGAGCGGCGGAAAGAUCGUUGGUCAGAUGAAUCCUAUGGGAGGAAUGAACCCAAUGCAGAUGGGCGUUGGAGGAAUGCCACAAGGUGCGGGUCAACAGCAACCUCAGGGGCCCCAGGGACAGGGACAGGGUGGACCAGGUGGGCCGAAUCCGAUGGGAGGAAUGGGAAUGCAAGUAAAUCCCGGAGGACACAUGGGCCAGAAUGCCAUGAAUCAACAGAUGAACCAGGUCGGAAUGAGUUCCGGAGGCAAUCAGAUGGGUAACUUGGGCGGAAACAGCCCUAUGAAUACUGGAAUGGGGGGAAUCCCUCCGAAUCAGGUGAUUCGACAACAGAUGCCGCCUGGGAUGAAUCCAAAUCAACAACAGCUGGGAAUGGCAGGAGGUCAGAUGGGUCAGAUGAAUCCUGGUGUCGGUGGACCUGGGGGGAAUUUGGGGCCGGUUCAACAGCAGCAACAGCCAGGGCAGGUCGGAAUGCCCGGAAUGGGACCAGGAGGAGGUCCUGGAAAUUUACAACAAUCGAACAAUCCACAGCAGCAGCCACAGGGCGGUCCCAAUGCUCCGCCUGGCCAAAUGAAUCAAGUCGGUGGCCCUGGAGGAAAUAUGCAAGCUAUGAGCAACCAAGGAAACUUUGUCCCCAUCGGAGCCAAUCCGAUGGUGCGAAAACAAGACAUGAUGAGUGGCGGUCAAGUGUAUCCCGGAGGAGUGGUUCGUAGCGUUACCCCAAAUCAAUUCCUGCGCCAAUCUCCGUCACCUUCAGUUCCAUCACCAGCCGGUCCCGGCUCAAUUGGUCCACAGUCCCAUCCGGGACAAAUGAUUCCCAGCCCGGCACUCAUACCAUCACCAAGUCCCCAGGUAAGCAGCAACAUCCCAGCACCGAGAAAUAUUGGCCAAUCGCCUGGACAAAGUCUGAAUACUCCUGGCCAAGCUGCGGCGCCUAGCCCUCUAAAUCCCCAGGAAGAACAUCUGUAUAAGGAAAAAUAUCGUUCUCUGCAAAAGUACAUCGAACCUCUGAAGCGAAUGAUUGCCAAAAUGGAGCACGACGAUGUGGACAAAAUGGGUAAGAUGAAACGCUUGUUGGACAUCCUGUGCAAUCCAACUUGCCGAAUCCCACUGGAAACCCUGUACAAAUGCGAAGCUGCCCUAACAAGCCAGCUGGGAACCAUCAGAGAGCCUCCUCUCAACAAUCCCCUUGUUGAAGCAGUUUCGGCCAACUUGCAAAGUCCCUUGGGAAAUCACACCCUCCAGCGCACGUUCCGCCCUUGUUUGGAAGCACUCUUCGGGCCGGACAUUAAGAACCUACCAUCUCCGGCGAAGCAAUCACGUCUGGCCAUCGAUGAACCUUCGUCCUCCGCAUUGUCCGGUGGUCCGGAAAUCCCGCACAUCUUGCAAGGCGAAAUCGCUCGUCUGGAUCAAAAGUUCAAGGUCUCGCUCGAUCCGUGCGCCAUCGGGGACACCAAAACCAUCAAGCUGAUCUGUUGGCUGGACGAUAAGCAUCUGCCGUGUGUUCCACCAAUAGCGGUCACCAUUCCGGAGGAAUACCCGUUCACAUCCCCGAGUUGCUCGCUGAUCGAGCAGGAAUACAACGCCACACCGUUCCUGAUACAGGUGCAGAAGUCGCUUGUGGCGCGCAUCUGCAAGCUGCCGGAGAUGUUCUCGCUGUCGCACCUGUUGGACACGUGGGAGAUGUCCGUCCGGCAGGCCUGCUCGCCCAAUCCGAGCCGGGUGGCCCCGAGUGCCACCAGUGUGCUUUUGGGGAUGUAAAACCGAGGUAGGUAUCGAUAAGAGACAUCGUGUUUUGCUCCAUUUUUUACUCAUUUCUAAUGCCCAAUAUAAAUAUUCGAUAUUCUAUGUGCACAA